AUGAAGUUUGGUCACGAUUUUAAAGAAUCUCUUCGGGCUCAAGACUUUCCCGCUCAUUGGGUUGAUCAUGCAAUUCCUUACAGUCAACUAAAGAAAUGUCUCAAGAAAGUCGCCCGAGAGUUGCAUGAACUCGGUCUUGACCCCGAGACGUUGCGCGAGCUUCUGAACCCCGACGCAACGUCCCCUGUGGCCCUGAAGUAUAAGCUCAACGACGGUACAGAUUCUCACCUGCGCCCGAAACUUACCGUCCAGGUCCAUCUUCAGGAUGGCGUACCUAUUGAUGCCUCGCUUGCACCCAACUCGCGCGACUUUCUCAACAGGAUUGCUAUUAAUUUGCCCCAGAACCAAUGGUCGCAUUCGCAGGCAACCGACAAAUCGCAAACCUUGAACGUUGUUGAAGACGCCACAGCACCCGAUACCGUUACAGACACUGCCGUUGUACCCUCCGCCGAAGCCAUCGAUGCACUUGCCAACGAAGCAAAUGAGAAGCUCGCUAUUUCGCUCGCCGACGAGAAAGUCAACGCCUCCAAGGAACCAACAAUCGAACCCGAGCAGAACGAACCACGCGCCGAAACUCCCCAGAAUGUUUCCGAUCAAGUUUCACCCGCUUCGCCCGCAGCCGAUGCGAUCACGGGGACCUACGAAAUCAUUGAAGUCCCUCUCACCUUCGAUGCCGAGUUCUUCGAGAUGCUCCAGAGCGAUGUGAACCAUCUGGAUGCCCUGCAAUCAGAGGAAGAGAAGACCAUGACUUCGGAGAUCGUUGCUCUAGGAAAAGAAGUCGAGCAAGUGGUCAAGCCCAAACGGUUUUCUAGGACUGACCUGGCACGUUGGCGACAAAUCUUUGAGCUUUACUUGGACGCUGAGAUCUUCUUCGCUACUCACGAGCAGGAUCAUGGUCACCGUACGAGCCAGAAAGCCUUGAAGCAGCUGGAGUGGUUCCAGGACCAGGUUGCCAAGCAGCACCUGGUUCAGGACUUCAAGCUCCCCGAGAGUAAGGUGGCCUUCACUCGCUUCAUCAACUUGAAUGCAUCUCUUCUCAAGAACAUGCAGUUCCAGGAGCUUAACAAGACUGCUGUUGCAAAAAUCCUCAAGAAAUUCGAUAAACGGACAGCGUUGGGCGUCGCGAGAAAGUUUCCUACCGUGGUACACUCCGACAAGCUCCUAGCGGGCACUAUUGCUCGAGACGUCUGCGCACAAAUGUCUCAAGAGCUUGUUUCCAAGGUCCCUCAGCUCAACGAUUAUCUUUGCCCUGUCUGUUUCUCGGUAGCAUACAUGCCCGUGCGUCUAGACUGUCAGCAUGUUUUCUGCAUCCGCUGUGUCAUCAAGAUCCAGCGCCGAAAGGAGAAGCAUUGCCCGCUAUGCAGGGCUGAUGUUGUCUUGAAAGCUUCCGCCAUGAACCUCGAUUAUGAACUUCAAAAGUAUAUGAAGAAGUACUUUGCCAAGGAAGUCAAAGAGAAGGAGAGGGCAAAUGAGAUUGAGCGUGGUAUUGAGGAUUACGGCCCUGGCUAUGUGCACCAGGAGUGUUGCAUAAUGUGA